AUUGAGCUAGACGCCAAUAAAAUAAACCCUCAAAGAAAAUCAUCUCAAGAAUCGCUGUCCAACGGUGUGGACAACAAACCCGUUGUCGUCGUCGACAAACCCGACGACUCUGUACUUAUGGACGACUUGUCGCCCAACGAACUCAUUAUUGUCGAAGAUGACGACAAUUCGGUUGAAUUGGUUGACUCGGUUGAGUCGACGACCAAUGGCGGCAACUAUGAGCCCGAGUGCAGCAACUCAUGUGAUAUUAUUGCGGACAAUAAGCCAAUCAUUGCAUUUUCAACCUUUCUCUCACUAUACUGUCAAUCACUCACACUCUGUAUAUCUCCCGCACAGAAGUCUAUGUUUUGUUUGUUUUGCGACCAAUCGUUUGCGGACAGACAGGACGCCACCGCCCACUAUGUCAUACACAUGUGUCCACUCAAGUGUGUCAAGUGCUGCAAACUCUUCGCCACAUACGACCAGUACCUGAAACACGGCAGCGGCGGUCGCGGCUCGUGUCCGCACCCAAAGUCUUCGGCAAACAUCGAGUGGUCGCGUCAUUACAACGACACCAUUGUAUGGAUCAACAACUUCUUGGAGUAUCAGUUGUCCGACGGGAUUGUGUCCGCGUUUGACAUCGAAGACGACGCCAAUCGCGGAUGCGUUGUCUGUCAAAAGUUGCGACAAUUGAAACGCGAACCGCCGGCCGUCGACGCGGCCGCCGAUCAGCCGUUCCGAUCGCCGCCUCAGUCCCAGGAGUCGCACAUCGAAAAGCAUUUGAAAUACGAGACACAAUACCAGUGUCUCGUCUGUUCCCUCACAGAAGACCAGUACUUCUAUUGCCGGUCAAUAGCGCAAGCGACACACCAUAUGAAAGAGCAGCACCACUCGUACCUGUCGUCGGUCGUGGGCACCGAUGGCACGGCCGACAACUCCGGCCACCCGUUGCAACACUUUGACCGCUCGAUACCCAAAUUGGACGACAUUGUCAUCAAAUUUAACUCAUAAAUUCAUUUUGCAGUACAAAUAACUCAUUCACCCACUUGUGUUUUAACGUGUAUUUAGUCACUUUCAUUAUGACUCCCUCUCCACAGCCCUUCCCUCUGCCUCCCUAUCCCUCUUGUCGUACGUUUUGGUUGAAUGGAAAUCAAUAUUAGUUUUAUGUCUAUUAACUAAUUUAAUCCUAAAUUUGAUUUAAAUGAGUUUAUAAUGAAAAUCAAACCUAAAAAUCUAAUGUAUUUGCGAUCAGUUGUUUUGUUGGCAAAAAUAAGUCUCUACUUAACAAAAAUGUGA